AUGAGCAGUGAACUUAACUACGUGGUUCACGAAGACAUAAAACCGCCCCAUUGCUCACACCGAGUUGGCCAUUCCUUCGACCCCUUGCACAGACCAAUACGAGAACAGAGACUUCGCUUUGGUGAAAGGCGGAUGUCUGGAGAUGAGCAGAUAACAGGAAUGGCGAGACAUGUGGAUUUGUGUCGUGAUAUUUCACUUGACAAUCUGACUCAAGUGCCAGCGUCUGAAUUGGAAUGUCUUCUAUGUAAGAGAGACAGAAAUACAUCUCUCGUAAUAUCACCGCAUAACUCCAAGGAUGUAUUUUGUAAUAUAUUAAGGAACGUAAUACUCGGCACAAAGCAGAGGUACGCAGCUUUAGAGGAAUCUGUCAAUGAGUGCACUCUAGGUUAG